UCUGCAGACUGCAGCAGCUCUCUCUCUCUCUCGGUGCAGACCCCCUCAAACCCCAAAACGGUGCGUUUAACUCGGUUGAGCCCAAACCCUAAUUCCCCAUUCCUCCAAAGCUCCCUUCUUCUUUCAUGGACAACCUUUCACAUUCUCGCCACCCCAGCCGCUCCGCCUCCUCCAAAGUGAUCACCCCAAAUGGCGGCGGCUUUCUCGCCAAGUCCCUAUACGACGACGUUUACGGCGGGCCCCCAAAGUUCGGCCUCUCCUCCUCCUCCUCCUCCCUCUCCCCGCGCCUCGAGGACUACAGCGAGAUUUUCGGCGCGUUUGGCGCCUCACGCGCCUCCUCGAUUCCCGUGCUCGAGCUCCCCGCCGUCGUUGACGACGACCAGAAUGACGAGUUUUUCGAUGUGAGAAGCUCCGGCUUCGACUACUCCGAGGUCUUCGGAGGCUUCGACGGCCUGGAUUUCGCCGUGGCCCACGACGACCUGGUCAAGCAGCAAAGCAACGGCGGAGAUGGUGAUUCCUCCGACGAAGCUUGGACUCCAGUAGGAUCUGGGUCUGUCUCGGGCGAGUCGAAUCAUUCUGUGAAGAAUCAGAGGUUUUCAGAUGAAGAUCCUUACUAUUCAUUUGAUGGCAGCUCUGAGUUUGACAUUUCAUAUUACAAAGUUCAUCAUAAAAGCAGUAAAGAAUCUUUGAAUGGGAGGACUAGUGCAAACCCGGUACCUGCCUCUUCCGGAUAUAGAUAUAGUCCGGAUGAAAUUACUCCCGUGCAAUUCGACAGUCCAAGCUUGCAGGUGACUGAUGAUAGAAAGUUCAAUAUGUACUCUAAUGUGGAGAUGGGAAAUGAAAAGCAUAUCAGAAAGAACGUGUCACUUCCCCUUAAUGGGAGUUCAGCUGGGGAGGUUUAUGGAGACAGCUAUAGACUGGAAAGAGGAUCUGUUCGUAAUGGUUCUCGUCGUAAAGAGCCAUUUGUUACUAUAUCUGAUAUAAGUCUCAGGACGCAGCCCUCUCAUUUGCCACCACCCUGUCGGCCGCCACCCAUCGUUGAUGGAAACAGUGGAGACUAUGGUAGACUGUCUUCCAAUUCGAACACUGUUUCUUCUGAUGAGACAACAGGUGAUAGUUCGCCCCGUUUCUUUGAUGUUGAGGUAGAUGCAAGUUCAUCUGCUGCAGUCUCUGCAGCAGCUAUGAAAGAAGCAAUGGAGAAAGCUAGAGUACAAUUGAGAAGUGCAAAGGAGUUAAUGCAGAGGAAGAAAGAAGGUUUUCAUAGCCAUUCAAAAUCCCAUUCAAAGAAAGAAAUUAAAGAGGAAGGAAAGGUGGGAAAAGUUGCUGAUGGUUCCAGCAGUAAGAAAGAUGAUAGAGUCCAGGCAACUUCUGAAAGAGAAGACAGUAGAAUGAAAUCUGCUGUUAGUGAGGAAACACAAAAGGUUUUAAAGAAAGUCGGAGAAAAUCCAGUAUGUUUAGUAGAUGGAAAAUCUUCAGGGGCAGCCGAAAAUCUUGUACAGGAGAAGCAUGGGAAGGGAUCCUGGUCACCUCAGGGGUCUUUCAAAAUUGAUGAAGCUAGUGAAUGGCAAGAAGCAACACAAUAUUUCGAAUUGGUGGCAUUAGAUGACAGUCAUGACACCAAGAAGGCUUUUGAGAAAGCCAACAAAGAUAAGAUUUCCGUUCAGCGCACAAACAGGCAUGAGCAUAGACCGAAAGACAAUGCAACCUUGAAAGUAUUAGAGCAGGAAGAAGCUGAUGUAAAUGUCAGAGUUGAAGUUCAUGUUCCAGAAGAUCUUGAGAAGAAACAUCAUGAAAUGGAGGAAAGCAAUGCAAGAUCAAAAGAUGCUAAAGAGUCAUGGAGGCGGAAAGAGCAUGAGAAAAUGGUUAAAGUGACUCAAGAAGCUUCGGGAAAGGGGGAUACUGAGAUGAGUUCUAGAGUGGGCAAGGUGCCUGCAGAGUCUGAGAAGCAAAGAGGCAGAUGUUCAAAAUCAGAGAGACAUGGCAAUAUGCCAGAGGUUCAUGGUAAAGAAAAUAAGUUUAAUGCUGAAAAUGCUAUGCAGCAGAAGAACAACACAUUUGGAAUUGAGGAAAGAUAUGAGGAAUCUCAUAGAACAGAAGGCAUUGACAUCAGAUUAGAGACUUUGGAGCAGGAAGAGAAUGAAAAAAGGCUCAUAGAUGCACUUAAAAAAGCUGAAAAUGAGAAGAGACUGAAGCAGGUUCUUGAGCAGGAAGAAAAUGAGAAGAUGCUGAAAAAGGCUCUUGAGUUGCAAGAGAAUGAAAGGAAAUUAAAGGAGGCUCGUGAACGAGAAAACAAAAGGAGACAGAAAGAGGCUGCUCUAACAGAAGAUAAUGAGAAGAAACAGAAGGAGGUUCUUGAGAAGGAAGAAAAAGAGAAGCGGUUAAAGGAGAAAAAUGAGAAGCGGCUGAAAAAGACUCUAGAGUUGCAAGAAAAUGAGAAGAAGUUAAAGGAGGCUCUUGAACGAGAAAACAAUAUGAGACUGAAAGAGGCUGAUCAAAGAGAAGAAAAUGAGAAGCGGCUAAAAGAAGCUCUUGAGUUAGAAGAAUAUCAGAAGAGGCAAAAGGAUGCUUAUGAAAAAGAGAAGAAUGAGCGGAAAGUUCAAAUGGCCCAUGCUCGUGAGCAGCAGUAUGCCAUAAACAGAUUGAAGGAAUCCCAGGAAAAAGCAUUUAAGCAGGCAGAACUUCAACAAAAGUUAGAUGAGGCUAGUGUAUCGGAAGAGACCGAGAGGAAUAUUAAAGCUGCUAAUGCCAGGAAAGAAGCAAAAUUCCUACAAAAAACACAAAAGGGAGCAGAAAGGAAUGAAAAUGUUCCGGAACUCAGGUCAGUUCAAGGAACCCAUCUGCAUAUGGAAGUAGAGGAUCACGAGGUAUCUGAUGAGACAUGCAACCAGGAUUGUGAAGAGAACACCCAUGCAACUCAAACAGCAAGAAGCCUUGAUGAAAACAGUGAAACAAUGAAGGAGUCUCGGGAGGUGUGUGCUCAAGAAGAAAUUGGGGAGAGAAAGAGCGACAACAAAAAUAGUGAUACACAAUCAGUUCCAGAAAUCGUUGAACCAGUAAAUAUGUCGCUUGAUUUAGAAAGUGGAGAGAUUCGGUUCAGAAGGAAAGAUGCCAAUGAAUCUCUUCCUUCUGAUGCCAGUGUCAAGAAAGCAAGGGAAGAAAUUAGCGUGGAACCUCAAGCUAGAAAAGGUGUACUGGGGGAAGUUGAAACAACAAAUGGGCCGGUUGCUGAGAAGUUCGAAGCAUCUGGCUUGUCCCAAGGAUGCACAGAGUCUGGAAAGAGCCAAUUCAGAAUGGAUGAUGCCUAUGAGUCAAUUCCUUUUGUCAACUUUGUGAUGAAGGCAGUAGAAGCUAGCUCUGGCACUGAAAUGCCACAACCAAAAUUCAAUUGUACCGCUCAGAUGGACUCUGAUCAUGAAACUCAAAAGAUGGAAUGUGCCCAGGAAUGGAAAGAGAGGGAAAAGGCCUCGAAGCAAGUCCAUGCUUCCUCAACUCAGGAAGAAAACUUGGCAGCUGAACCGGUGAAAGACUUUGUUGUUAAUAGAAGGAAAACAGAAGCAGCUUGUUCAGCUGCUGCAGAAACAAACAACCGGAAAUCAUCUCAGCAAGUUAAUGCUACCCAGCCACUGGGGAGGAAAGUCAAAAAUCUUAAUGAAGACCUAUUAAAUGGGGAGAAAGAAACAGAGAAGUUGAAAAGAGAAAGGGAGCUUGAAAAUGAUCGCCUAAGAAAGAUUGAGGAAGAAAGAGAAAGGGAGAGGGAAAGAGAAAAGGACAGGAUGGCUGUUGACAGAGCAACAAUUGAAGCUCGCGACUGGGCAUAUGUGGAAGCUCGUGAGAGAGCAGAAAGGGUUGCUUUGGAGAGAGCUACAGCUGACGCUCGACAAAGAGCAAUGGCAGAAGCUCGUGAAAGAUUAGAGAAAGUUUGCGCAGAGGCUAGGGAGAAGUCAUUAGCAGGGAAGGCAGCUAUGGAGGCCAGGCUCAAGGCGGAGCGUGCUGCAGUGGAGAGGGCAACUGCAGAGGCUCGAGAGCGUGCUGCAGAAAAGCUAAUGGCCGAAAGGGAACGGGUACAGAGAUCUGUUUCUGACAAAUUUAGUGCAUCUUCUAGGAAUAACGGGUUGAGACAUUGCUCUUCAUUCUCGGAUCUACAGGAGCAACAGAAAUCAAGACACCCGAAUUCUAUAUCAUAUGGUGAGAGAUAUGAAGGAGUUGAAGGUGAAUCAGCUCAAAGGUGUAAAGCUAGACUAGAGAGACAUGCUAGAACAGCUGAGAGAGCGGCAAAAGCCCUUGCGGAGAAGAAUAUGCGUGAUCUUCUUGCACAAAGAGAGCAAGCAGAGAGAAAUAGAGUAGCCGAGACUCUGGAUGCAGAUGUCAAGAGGUGGUCAAGCGGAAAAGAAGGAAACUUGCGUGCCUUACUUUCGACUUUACAAUAUAUCCUUGGGUCUGAUAGUGGUUGGCAGCCUAUUCCCUUGACCGAGGUGAUAACAGCUGCUGCUGUAAAGAAAGCUUACAGGAAAGCCACUCUCUGUGUUCAUCCUGACAAAUUACAACAACGUGGUGCCAAUAUACACCAGAAGUAUAUAUGUGAAAAAGUUUUCGAUCUUCUAAAGGAAGCUUGGAACAAAUUUAACUCAGAAGAGCGGUAGCGCAGGCUUUAUGAUGAUAUGCUGCAAUGUAUGUAAUUGUAUGCCCCUAGUAAUUAUAUAUUUAUUCAUCUGAUGAUUAUUGCCGCUAGUAAUUAUAUCGACGUAGGUGUAGUUUCUCUUGUAAGGUUUUUAGCUCAAUAUGAGUUCCGGCAGCCUAUAUUAUUCAAUGGCAUAUGGGUGUUAUUUAUUCAAGCUUCAAAAAGCCCUGCUGGUUACUCCGAAGUAUAUGGUGAA